GCGGUAGAAGCGGAGUGAGGGAAGCGAUGGGCGCGGGAAUGGCCGGCCCACGGGUCGCAGGAGACGGGACGCCAGUCCUUUGGCUCCGUUCCGCUGGCUCCGUCGUCAGUACUGACACCUCGGGCUUGUAGAGCACUUCACGCAGUGCAAAGCGCCCCCCGUCUAUAUCAUAUCGCCUCUCGGUCCUCCUAAAAGUCGUAUGAGAUGGAGCUGGAGGAGGGGAAGGCAGGCAGCGGACUCCGCCAAUAUUAUCUGUCCAAGAUUGAAGAACUCCAGCUGAUUGUGAAUGAUAAGAGCCAAAACCUCCGGAGGCUGCAGGCACAGAGGAAUGAACUAAAUGCUAAAGUUCGCCUAUUGCGGGAGGAGCUACAGCUGCUGCAGGAGCAGGGCUCCUAUGUGGGGGAAGUAGUCCGGGCCAUGGAUAAGAAGAAAGUGUUGGUCAAGGUGCAUCCUGAAGGUAAAUUUGUUGUAGACGUGGACAAAAACAUUGACAUCAAUGACGUGACACCCAAUUGCCGGGUGGCUCUAAGGAAUGACAGCUACACUCUGCACAAGAUCCUGCCCAACAAGGUAGACCCAUUAGUGUCACUGAUGAUGGUGGAGAAAGUACCAGAUUCAACUUAUGAGAUGAUUGGUGGACUGGACAAACAGAUCAAGGAGAUCAAAGAAGUGAUUGAGCUGCCUGUUAAGCAUCCUGAGCUCUUCGAAGCACUGGGCAUUGCUCAGCCCAAGGGAGUGCUGCUGUAUGGACCUCCAGGCACUGGGAAGACACUGUUGGCCCGGGCUGUGGCUCAUCAUACGGACUGUACCUUUAUUCGUGUCUCUGGCUCUGAAUUGGUACAGAAAUUCAUAGGGGAAGGGGCAAGAAUGGUGAGGGAGCUGUUUGUCAUGGCACGGGAACAUGCUCCGUCUAUCAUCUUCAUGGACGAAAUCGACUCCAUUGGCUCCUCGCGGCUGGAGGGGGGUUCUGGAGGGGACAGUGAAGUGCAGCGCACGAUGCUGGAGUUGCUCAACCAGCUCGACGGCUUUGAGGCCACCAAGAACAUCAAGGUUAUCAUGGCUACUAAUAGGAUUGAUAUCCUGGACUCGGCACUCCUUCGCCCAGGGCGCAUUGACAGAAAAAUUGAAUUCCCACCCCCCAAUGAGGAGGCCCGGCUGGACAUUUUGAAGAUUCAUUCUCGGAAGAUGAACCUGACCCGGGGGAUCAACCUGAGAAAAAUUGCUGAGCUCAUGCCGGGAGCAUCAGGGGCUGAAGUGAAGGGUGUGUGCACAGAAGCUGGCAUGUAUGCCCUGCGAGAACGGCGAGUCCAUGUCACUCAGGAGGACUUUGAGAUGGCAGUAGCCAAGGUCAUGCAGAAGGACAGUGAGAAAAACAUGUCCAUCAAGAAAUUAUGGAAGUGAGUGGACAGCCUUUGUGUGUAUCUCUCCAAUAAAGCUCUGUGGGCCAAGUC